CACGACUCGCUCAAUCAUGGCCGUUACUGAAGCAAGUUUCGGAGGUGCUUCCUCGAAGGAAAAACACAAGAGCAUCUUUUCUUUUCUUACCUUGUUAUGCUGCAUUCAAAAUAGUUUGGCAAGAAUGAAGAGCAAGACACCCCCACCGCCUCAGCGGCAGCUUAUGAUCAAAACCAAGGCUUGUCAACGGUGAGGAACUGAUUUUGUCUGGGAUGUUGAGGUUGCUGCCAAUCGUGUGUGAGACAAAAACUGAUGCGUGCGUUAAAACCAAGAGGUCGCAUUGGUGGUGGGAGGCUACGCAAUCUUAUGCAUUGGCGGCAAGCGAAUAGUUGCCGCAUCGGCAAUGGUCACAUUCCUAUUUAAACUUAAAACACAUUUUCAAAGUGCGGCGUCGCUCUCCCACUCGCGCUCUAUCUCACCCUUCUAUUGGUUUUUGCCCUGUGGUCUACCUUUGCUCGCUUCUUGAAGUCUGUCAAAAGAAGUCAAAUAUUAUCAACAAGAGGUUGUCGAAAAUGAGUCAAAAUUGAACGAAAUGAAAGAACAGAACAAAAAUCCCUAUGAUAUCAAGAAAUUCGAAGAGGUUCUGGGAGAAAGUCACAUGAUGAUACCAGAUAGCAAGAACCGUUUGGAACAGGCCUUAUUUGAUCUGGCUUCGUACGUCGAUUCGGCAGAGGUCAAAGAGUUAGCUACCGAACUUGCAGCAGACGAAUGGUUUUUAAAAGCUAGGGAAUUAUUGCAGAAGGAGGGUUUGUCUGUAGGGGGAGAUAACAACUUUAGUGAGGACAUUGUCGAAGAAACCGAUGUCAGCGGACUACAGGAAGGCGAAGCAUUUUGAAAUGCAUUGGAAACGUUUUAUAUACAUUGCAGGA